AUCAGCCUAAUUGCUGUGGCAGUGGGUUGUGGGUAGUAGGUUUGGUUUUGAAGCUGUUGUGAGCUUUGUGUUAGUGGUAGUUGUUUAUAUUUUUAUUUGUGUUCAAUGCGAUACGAUAAAUGGUAAAGAGGAAGCGCUGCUUUAAUGUUUUUGUAAAUAAAUGGAAGAUUGGACUUUGGAAAUCAAUGAAUAAACCAUGAAUUUUGAUGGCCUUGAUUCUGGCCUUGGGGAAUACUCAUCGUCCCUGCACCCUGGCAUUGACCAUUCCCUGGACAGUUCAAUUGAGCAUUCUCUGGACCCAAGGCUUGACCCAAACUUGCUGCAGAAUGUGGAACUGGAAGCGGAUGGUGUCCAGCUGGAUGGCAUGUCAGUCUCAGUACCUGAAUCUGUCCACCUUGUGGAGGGAAUGUAUUCAGAGCUGCACAGAGUUGUUGCAGAAGUUGGAGUCCCUGUAACUGCAGCACAUUUUGACCUUCAAGAUGAAUUACUCUGGGUGGGAAAUCAUGGGGGCCAUGCAACCUCCUUCUUCGGUCCCACUAUGGAGCGAUACUCAUCUUUUCAAGUUAACGCCACUGAUGACAUACGUCACAUUCAAAGCAUAGAAAGUGGAGUUCUCUUUUUAAAUAAGAAUAACCUCAAGUGCUUUACUCGAGGGGGACUUAUAAUGUUUGAUUAUGUUAUGGAUGAAGCUGAGGACAUGCACAGUCUUCUUCUCACUGACAACAACUCUGUUCUUUUGGGGGGCCUUCAGAAUCAUGUCAUAGAAGUAGACUUAAAUGCAGUACAAGAAAGUGAAAAGUACACAGUUGAAGUUCCAGGAGUUACAAUCAUGCGACAGUCUAACCGCUUCUUCUUUUGUGGCCAUACAUCAGGAAAGGUAUCCCUCCGAGAUUUGAGAAGCUUUAAAUUGGAGCACGAAUUUGAUGCUUACUCUGGAAGCCUCUCUGAUUUUGAUGUACAUGGAAACCUGCUGGUGACAUGUGGCUUCUCAAAUCGAAUGAAUGGCCUGUCGUGUGACAGAUUCUUGAUGGUAUAUGACCUCCGUAUGAUGCGGGCUAUCAGCCCGUUGCAAGUUCACGUGGAUCCUCUCUUCCUGAGAUUUAUUCCUACAUACACAUCUAGGCUAGCCAUCAUCUCUCAAUCAGGGCAGUGUCAGUUUUGUGAACCAACAGGCCUUGCAAGCCCAGCAGAUAUUUUCCACAUUAACACUGUAGGACAGUUAGUCAUGACAUUCGAUGUGUCUUCUAGCAAGCAAGCAUUGGUGUUUGGAGAUUCUGAAGGAUGUGUGCAUCUAUGGGCAGACUCGCCAGAAUCUACGUUUAACGCCUACUCCCGUGAGACCGAGUUUCCGAUGCCAUGCAUGGUAGAUACCCUACCACACCUAGACUGGAACGAUGAUCUCUUGCCUUUAUCGCUCAUUCCUGUGCCUCUUAUCACUGAGCCUUUAUUGUCUGACUGGCCAACAGCAAACUGCAGUGUUACACCCAGACGAGCUCCACCUGUCGACCUUGAGAUACUGCGUACCAUGAAGAAAGUUGGGUUUAUUGGAUAUGCUCCGAAUCCCAAAACGAAACUGAGAAAUCAGGUUCCAUAUAAACUGAAGGAAAUGGAUGCAGAAUUUGACAGCUACAAUCAAAUUCCUGAGUCUCCUAUUGGAAGAGAGGAAGAGCCUCAUCUAUACAUGGUGCCAAAGAAAUAUCGAAAGGUUACUAUUAAGUACUCAAAACUUGGUUUGGAAGACUUUGAUUUCAAACACUACAACAAGACGCUGUUUGCAGGCUUGGAGCCGCACAUUCCCAAUGCUUACUGCAACUGCAUGAUUCAGGUGCUGUAUCUGCUGGAGCCCAUCCGCUGCCAUGUUCAAAAUCAUCUUUGUCAGAAGGAGUUUUGCUUGGGUUGUGAGCUUGGAUUUCUGUUUCACAUGCUUGAUCUUUCAAGAGGCGACCCGUGCCAGGCUAGCAAUUUCCUUCGUGCUUUCCGAACUAUUCCAGAGGCAUCAGCUUUGGGGUUGAUCUUGGCUGAUUCUGAUGAAGCGACUGGGAAGGUGAAUCUGGGCCGACUAAUACAGAGCUGGAAUCGAUUUAUAUUGACACAACUACACCAGGAGACACAGGAGCAAGAGGGCCCACAGGCCUAUCGAAGUGUCAUGGGGAGUACAUUUGGAUCCUCUGGUGAAUCUGUGAUUGGGAAGCUAUUUGGUUGUGAAGUUGAGAACUGUAGCACUUGUCGCUGCGGGAAGGAAACUGUUCGGGUUUCUUCGAGUCUGCUUUUCACUUUGCAGUAUCCUGAUAUGAAUAGUGCUGACAAAACUAUUCGACAAUAUGAGUUUGCUGAAGUGCUGAAGAGAAGUAUUUGUCUUGAACAGAACACCCAGGCCUGGUGUGAAAACUGUGAGAAGUACCAACCUACGGUUCAAACCAGGAAUAUUCGAUGCUUACCUGAUGUUCUUGUUAUUAACUGUGAAGUUAACAGCAGAAAGGAAGCUGAAUUCUGGAAAUGCCAAGCUGAGUAUGAAUUGCACAACAAGAUGAGGAAGGAAGAUUUGGAAGCAAUGAAAAUGAAAGAAAAUAACCCAACGGAAUGGGAAGCACUUUGUAAUGCAGAAGGCCUGAGCUUCUAUACAUCAAUUGAGGAGCUGAAAAAUAUAUGGAUCCCAUGUUCUAUCAAGAUGAAGCUCACUAAAAAUAAAGAGCUGGAAGUCACAAACUGGACUGAAAAUGAAGGCCUGAGCCCUUCAGAAGAUGAGGAGAACACUUAUUUGUAUGAUCUAGUGGUGACAGUGGCCCACAUUUUAGAUCCUCGCACUGGUGGCAGUCUUGUGGCUCAUAUAAAGGUUGGGGAAACAUAUCAUCAGCGGAAAGAGGGUGUCACUCACAAACAAUGGUAUCUGUUUAAUGACUUUCUCAUAGAACCAGUUGACAAGUGUGAAGCUGUGCAGUUUGAUUUAAGUUGGAAGAUCCCCUGUAUUCUAUACUAUGCUAGACGGAAUCUGAAUUCCAAGUACGACUUAACCAUAAAGAAUCCAAUUGAAGCCAGUGUUUUGCUGGCAGAGGCGUCUCUUGCUAGAAAGCAGCGAAAAUGUCACGCAACUUUCAUCCCAUUAAUGCUGAAUGAAAUGCCCCAGCCCAGUGAUUUAGUGGGCUUGGACGCAGAGUUUGUCACAUUGAAUCAGGAAGAGGCAGAGCUGCGUAGCGACGGAACAAAAUCCACCAUAAAACCCAGCCAAAUGUCAGUCGCCAGAAUCACAUGUGUGCGAGGUCAGGGACCGAAUGAAGGUGUUCCCUUCAUUGACGAUUACAUCUCCACACAGGAACAGGUUGUGGACUACCUGACUCAGUAUUCUGGAAUCAAACCUGGGGACCUUGAUGCCAAAAUUUCAUCCAAGCACCUAACCACCUUGAAGUCAACAUACCUGAAACUGAGAUUCCUUAUUGAUGUUGGAGUGAAGUUUGUGGGACACGGGCUGCAGAAGGACUUCAGAGUCAUAAAUCUUAUGAUUCCAAAGGAGCAGGUGAUAGACACUGUGUAUUUGUUUCACAUGCCUCGGAAGAGGAUGAUUUCGUUACGUUUUCUUGCCUGGUAUUUUCUAGAACUCAAAAUUCAGGGUGAAACGCAUGACAGUAUAGAGGAUGCUCGCACAGCACUGCAGCUCUAUCGCAAGUACCUGAAAUUGACCAAACACGGUAUAGAUGUGGAUGAAUUCCGGAAAAUACUAAAAGGUCUUUAUGAGAAAGGCAGAAAGAUGGACUGGAAAGUACCAGAGCCAGAAGGAGAGGUGCAGAAUAGUCCAAAAAGCAACCAGUUUUCCCACCUCUGAUGGGUUUAUACUGUGAAGACAUAUGAAUGAACUAUCUAACCUAAUGAGGAGUGAAUCCUGCAACAUUUGAGAGGGAAAAAAGUUUGUAUUUUUAACAGAUUCUGGAAGAAACCGGUUUCUAAAUGGAGACUGUGUGGAGAGUGCUUGACCUGUCGCAGUAUUAAAUUAUACCACUGAAGAAAGUUGAUCUGACUGGCUUAAGAAUGGGAGGAAAGUCAGAUUGUUUGGAAAAAGAACAAUAACAAGUCACUUGUAGUAAAAUGGAAACAGAUAUGAUGUGAGACAAAACUGAAAAUACUGGUAACACUCAGCAGGCCAGACAGCAUGUGAGGAGAGAGAAACAAUUAACAUUUCAAGUUGAUGAUCUUUGCUGUGAUUGCAUUCGACAUUGCUGAGGACCGGCAUCCUGUCAAGGCUCCCAGAUCUCCGAGGUUUCCCUGCAAACAUUUCGUGUUUUUUUUUAAUUCAUGUUUUUCACACUGUUUCCUUACUCUGUUCCUUCACUUUUUUGCUCCCACUCAUUUAAAAACUAAUAUCUGCCUAGAGCUGUGCUCAUAGGACAGAAUAAAUUCCCAAUGAAGAUGAAGGCAGAGUACUUAAUCCAAAGAGCCCUAACGUGGCUGGCAAACUGAAGUUUCAGCAGCUCUGAGAUUCAGUGAAAAUCUGCUAUAAAAAAAACUCGAGUGUUUGCUUGUUGCAAGAAAAAAAGGGAAGAAAAUAGAUAGGGUUCACAAACAGGGGAUGGUAACAUGCGUAACACUGUCAUGCAUUGCCAUCAGAUUGCACAUGCAUCUAUUAUUCAGUAAAAUCAUUGCUUUUCAAGAAAUGAUAGCCUUCCCUGCUUUAGAGAUCGUGUUUUAAAUAUUGUCAUGUUGAAUAAGGUACUCCACGUGGAUUUUAACAGUUCAACAAAAUCUUUUAGAUUGUUUUAUGAAACAACAGGAUAUGGGAAUGAUGCCAUGACAGCACCCUCACCAUGGUAACAGCCCAUACAAUUCAGAGAUUGUAUUUAUGGUUCCCAAUACCACUCACCCCGCCCACCCCUGUUAGCUAGCAGGAUGAUGUAGGGUCUUCAGCCGCUACGCUACCGAGGUUACUGAGCUUUCAGGGCUUUUGAAAUUCUAAAUGUAGCCUUUUUGAGCUUACAAAUGAUCUCCAAAUGGAAAGCAAUCUUUAUUGCAAUAUUUUGCAUAUACCUGUCCGUAUGACGUGAGACACUAUUAAUAUUCGGCAUUAAGUUGCAUCUACAUUGUUUACCUGCAUUGGAAGGAACAACAUUUUGGACUUUCUAUCAUACAAUUGGAAGCUCUUUUUAAAAGUUCAGUUGAAAAAGCUCUGGUCUACCUUUGUUCUCUGAAGAUAAGAAUAAAAACUUUAUUUUUAAAAAAA